AUUCUAACGUAGACACCGGUGUUCUGAUCCAAAAUGGCCGACACGAAUAUAAGCGUACUUGCUCAUUGUAAGUUAAUUUUACACGCUGCCAAAUACCCACAUUCAUCAGUAAAUGGUGUUUUGUUGGCCGAAGACAAUAAGGGUAAAGAAUCGUCUAAACCCCUUAAGUAUGUAGAUUGCAUUCCUCUGUUUCAUGUAUCACUAGGAUUAUCACCAAUGCUGGAAAUGGCUCUCCUCCAGGUGACUUACUUAUAAUUUUUUUAUAAAAUAAAUAAAUAAUAGGUCUAAUGUUAGAUACUUAUUAUUAGUUUGGCCGCCUUGGCUUAGGCACAUGUCUUGAAGGCACUGCACUGUUAAUAUUAUUUAAUUUUUUUUUUUUUUAAAUUCAGACUAAUCACUUGUCUACUGGAAUUGAAGUGUUUGAAGUGGCGUAAUACAGUUGAGUGUAUUGAAUGCAUGGACAACUAAAAAAUAUGUUGUUUUGGUAAAUUUGGAGAGAUAGCACCAUAACUGCCAUCUUGGUUGCAGCGAACUUAUGUCCUAACUGUAUCCCUAAACCUAACCUGAACCCUAAACUUAUCCCUAGCUCUAACCAGGGUUUUGACCAUGACCAUAUAUCGGAACCAGGGACAAAACACGCAAAUGACGUCAGGGUGCCAUCUCUCCAAAUUAGUACUAUCCAUUUUUUUUUUGGUGUGGUCAUGAUGAUCGUCAUGGAUGGUAAAAAGUGAAAAUUGGGGAUAUAUUAAUUUAUUGAAAUAGCUGAGUGCUCCUCAGCAAAUUUGGUUUCUUAACUUGUCUUAAAAUUUUAAAAUAAUAAUACUGUUAUUCUUAUAAUGAUAUUGAUAUGAACCAAUGAACUUAAUAAAUGCUUAGGCCUAGGCCAUUCAUGCUGUAUAAUAGUAUGACUAUGACAGUGUGAGAUUAGGCCUAGUUCUAGUAGGUAUUGUCCUUGUUUUUACAGUAAGUAAAAUGGCCAAGCCAAAUACUGCCAAUACAUUAUUUUUAAUUUUACAUCGACAGAUAAUCACUUAGUAAAGUAAACCUACUUACUCUACUGAAUCGUUUUAUCAUUUAUCUUAAAUUUGCUCUAACCUUGAAUUGACAAUUAUGCCUGAUGCCAUUGCAGGGGGUCAAACUUUGUUAGCCAUUACCCAAAAAUAUACUUGUUUAAGCCGACAUUUAAAAUUUAGCUCCUUUUAGAAAGGAAGAAAAUCAGUAAUCGGCCAGGUAAUUUUCAUUCAAAAUGGUUAUACUGAGAAUAACCAUAUAUAUUAUAUAUAAAAAUUAUAGAAUAAAUGUGAAAAAUAAAAAAAUAAAAUCAAUUUUUUUGGAACAAAAAGAUUUCUUGGAAAAACUUUUCACUUUAAAUUUUGGAUAAUUAAUGUUUCAUUUUUAAACAAUAACAUCAAAAUUGGGUGAGCAAUUUGGUAACUCUUUUCAAUAAAUUAUUGAUUUUUCUGAUUUUUCUUUAUACUCCUUAUUAGUAUGUAAAAUCCUUGUUCCUAAAGAUAGAGGAUUUAUUGAUGACCUCUUGGUGUGCAAUUUUGAAAUCCAAUGGAGCUCUUGACAUUUUGAGUAUAGGCACUAGCAUGAAAAAAGGUGUGCCAGGGUUGCUGACCACAAUAGGAGACACCCUCCCAUCAAAUGGAAAAUGGUCAAUUUGACAGAGCUCCAUCAAGUUGGCUUCAUAAAAGAUCUAUGUUAAAUAGAAGAGCGAGCAGGGUGCCUUAAGAAAAAGAUGAUAGCACAGAAAGCCUCCAGAGCAGAGUGUCCCCAGAAGAGGCAGACUAGGAGGUCUGUGUGGAUGCCCGGAUGGGGUAACACCAACCAUAGUGAUGCCACUAGGCAUAAGAUAAAAAAAAAGGAGACAAGGCCAAAAUGAUAUAUAUUACAAGACAUAUGGAUGUAUCCUGGAUACACAAGCUGCAGAGCCACCAUAAAAUAACAAUGUUUUGGGUUCUCUAUUACACUGGCCAGAUGUAGUGUUGUCAGACUCAAAAAAAACUCUUUUGAUUUUUAUUUAAGACUCUUUGGGCACUAUUUUCCCCAAGAUUUUAAUUUUUACCCCAUUUGGGGUAAUUUACCUGUUUUGCCAACUCCUUCACUGUUGUUUUGCAACACACUGGUUGAAAACCACUGGUCUAAUUUUAUACAGCCUAUACUGUAUUUAUAUUUAUAGACCUAUCUCAAGCUAUCUAACCCUGCAAGUGAAUUAUAAUAAGAUACUGAGUAGGCAUUUUUUAAUUUCCAAUUUCCAUUUAGCCUAUUUUGGAAUGCACACAUUUUAUUAUUUGUUUUUUGCAUAAAUAAAAACAAAAAUCUUUUAACUUUCUAGAUUGAUGCUUAUUGUAAAAGCCAAGGUCUGGUCAUAGCAGGUUACUACCAUGCAAAUGAGAACUAUGGUGACAAUGAGUAAGAAUCCUCUUUUAUUUAAAAAAACUGUAUUAACUUAAAGUAUUAUAAAUGCCUAUCCGGAUUAACUAGGUCAUUAAUCACAUUGACAUUGGCUGAGAAGUGAGGAACUUACUGAACAUUUCAAUUUCAAGUCUAUUCAAUUAAAAAUGCCCAAUAAAACUGGGAAUUUCCCACUAUAAAGAGCUUUGUAGAAGUCUGAAUAAUGGUUGAUAUAUCAGUAGCACUAUCUGACUAACUGUUCAAGGAAUAACACUUAGGUAAUUUUAUAAUCACACAUGAAAGUGAAAAAAACUAAGACAUAUAAUACAUGUGACGUAUAGUCAAUAGGAACCGCAGAUAUUUCAUAUAGAUAUCAAAAGAUAUUUUCUGACCUAGUAAUUUCAUUUGGCUUCACUUUAUACAUAUUAUUGCACACAUGAAGCAUAUUUGAAAUAGUUAACAUACAAUAAUUUUUUUUUCAAUGAUUUUUCAGCUUAAUGAAAGCAUUUGUGACACAUUAUUCUUUCAGAAUGAAUCACAUAGCCAAAACAAUAGGACGGAAGAUCCAGGAAAAUUUCCACGAUGCCUGUGUACUUUUAGUAAGUCUUGACAACCUAGAUGGAUACAAUGGUCGCAGAAUGAAAAACAAAUAAUUCAUUCUAUAUUAUUGUUACUUAAGACAUGCCAGUUAGAAAAGGAAAAAAAGUAAAUCCAAAUUUUACAUUCAAUGUCUCUAAUUGUUAGACCAGUUAAAUUUAAAACAGUAACUAUAGGGCACUUCGUACUGGAAUUAAUUCCUUACUUUUUUUUAAUUAGUCCGUAUAUGUAGGUACUCCAACUCAAAAUUUCAGAUACAUCUGACAUACACAAGAAGCAUAUCAUUGGAAAGAGCUGACUUAAAGCUUUCCAUUGACACCAAGAUAAUCUUUCUAUCACUUAUAGAAGAAAAGUUAAUAGGUACUCCAACUCAAAAUUUCAGAUACAUCUGACAUACACAAGAAGCAUAUCAUUGGAAAGAGCUGACUUAAAGCUUUCCAUUGACACCAAGAUAAUCUUUCUAUCACUUAUAGAAGAAAAGUUAUGAAUUUUUUAGUGAUUUAUUUUUUACCACUAUUUGGCUUUGUAUUUAAUUUUUAAAACUGUGAUCGAAUUAUUACUCUUUUUGUACUAUUUUGGUUGUAUCUUGUUGGCUUUUAAAGUUAGACUGCUCAAAUUUGGAGGAGACAUUUACAAUACAAUGUUUAACAAAAUUAAACACAUGAAUUUUGAAUUAACUUAUUAUAUUUUAUGAAAAAAAAUUUUAUAAGCAUAUAGCAAUGGAUAACGACAAUUGUCGAAAAAUUAAUUUUUUUUUAAAAAUGACAUAAUUAUUAAACCAAUAAAGCUAUCGCUAUGAAAUUUUCAAUACAAACAGAUAAUGUCCAUCUAAAAGUAAGGCAUAUUUAAAAUAAAUUAAAUGCAGAUCAGAAAAAUUUAUGCAAUAUUGGAAAUAAUAUUUUAUGAAAAGCAACUACGGCCGAGAAAUUUUUUACAUUUAAAUAUACAACUUUUAAACUAAUAAAGCUAAUGCAAUCAAAUUUUCAGUAAAAAUAGAUAGUGUCCAACCAAAUAUAAUAGAGUAUUAAAAUAUAUCAAAAGCAAUUAAAAUCAUGCUAUACAAAAUUUUAAAAUGUCAUGUAAUCUGUCGACAUUGUUUCGGCUCCGGAGGUCUAGCAACACUUCAUCCUCAUCGAUUGGUACAUUAAAAAAAUAUGCCUCCAUUGUCAAUAUCAAAUUGGGUUGUUUGUUGAUCUCCUCCAAGUAAAUACAUAGCAAAAUUACAGGGAAUGAUUACAAUCUGUAACUACUAAUUAGGACUACUAAUUUAUGAACACCGGUACAUGUAAAUAAUGAUUCAAUAUUUUUAAAUAGGCUACACAUUUUUCUUUAUUAUAUGUACACUUAUAGCUGAUAAUAACUAGGACUAGGGGCUAUCUUACUAUCUAAUUCAUUGCUAUUUGUAUGUCAAAGCACUUUUAUCACUUUGACUUUGUUGUUUUAAUCUCAGUAUUAGUUUUAUUGAUCCAAAGCCUGCUCUUAUAUAAUAACUAUAUAAGCCUAAAGUGUAAUUAUUAUUAAAAACCAGUUAUUAAAAAGUGUAUAUUUAAAAUCAAACUGCUAAGUUAUAAUACUGGAAAUAUUUAUUUAGUUGUUUGGAAAAAGUUUUAAAUAAUAAUAACCACUGUUUACAUUAGAGAUUUACCACUUCCGGUAGAUCGAGGGGGAAAAAAUGGCCACGACUUGGCAACCUUGAAUUUUUAGUCACACGGUUCAAGCUCUCAUAAAUUUUGGGGACGAUCUAUACUCUUUAAAAUAAGUGUUUCUGCUUUUAAAAUAUAUAAUCUAUGCGAACAAGUAAUUUCCAAGUCCAAACGCAAUUUUAAAAAAAAAAUAUUGCACAGCAAACUCACUUACCCCAAGUCAACUUUCCAAUUAAUCGUCUCAGCAAGGUCAGAUUUCCACUUAAUUCAUACCCUUGUAACCGGCAUGCAUCGCAGAUUUGAAUAAAACUAAGGAGAGUCCUCUAUUUUUAGAAAUGACGCAAAACAACGGUAAUCACCGAGAUCUACCGAAAACGAAAAGCGCCAGCUGAUCACAGCGAUCGCCGCUCGGCAGGCCUCGUUUUUCUAUUGCGGGCGGCGAAAGUAUUGGAGUGCCUAAGAAAUGACGCAAAACAACGGUAAUCACCGAGAUCUACCGAAAACGAAAAGCGCCAGCUGAUCACAGCGAUCGCCGCUCGGCAGGCCUCGUUUUUCUAUUGCGGGCGGCGAAAGUAUUGGAGUGCCUAGUAUAUGUGUCUGACUUUUAUUUUGCAGAUUGACAAUAGUAAAGUUAGACCUGAUGCUGUGUCUCAGCCCUAUAAAAUAUUUACACCAAAAGAGACCGGCUGGAAAGAGGUGGAUAAAAAGUAAGAAUUUGUUAACCCAUAAGACAGGAGAAGAUUACUGCUUAUACACAUCACUAGUUAUGGCCCAUUAAAAUGAUGGGGAAAAAAAGAGUAUUUGCCUAAAAAUUAUAUAUUCCUUGUAUUUCCAUCACUGAAUUAUAAAAAGCUGAUAAGUCUUCAUUACUUUUCCAGGAGCAGCUCAACAGAAGAGGAAAUUCAAAAAGAGCAGUGUGUUUAUGCCCUUCUCAAGGCUGGUGCCCAGCGACAAGUCAGAGAUUACGAUAAUCAUCUUGAUGAUGUGAGGAGCGACUGGAGAAAUCUUGAACUUAAUGAUAUGAUUGGGCGAUGCACAUAAAGUCAGAUAAAACAGGACAUACACACGACGGUCAGUGGGCUGUGUACAUAAUAUGAUUUUGUAUUUCGUGCCAUGUUGGCACCAUGUACAUUGUUUCCAGGCUAGUUGCUAGUCACAGUGUACAUUGCGCCUGGUAUGUGUACUGCAUUUCACAAGUGCUUGUCAAGCUAAAUCAUUUUUUAUAAAUGGAUUACAUAAUAUUGUAGUGGCAUAUUUGCAAUCUACUGCCGUUCUUGAUUUAUGAUUCAGUUUGACAGUGCCUGAUUCUUUUGAAAUUUAACUCAAAAGUAUUUAUGUCCAUUUUUAGAACUAACAUAGAUCUGUUGUGGUUACAAGCAGUAGAGUUAUACUCAAGAGAGAGAGAAAAUAAGUUUAUCAAAUUGUGUAUAUUUGAUCUAUGUUUCCUUUUUUUUUUAAACUUUGUGAAAGGACUGCUUACUGUAAGCAACACAUUCCAAGAUAAGAAACCAUUGUCCACCAUGGGUGGUGGGAAAAAUCAAGCCGCUGACCACAGCACACAUCUGCCUUAUUUCUAGAAGAAGGGCGGAUGGCAACUCCCCAGUGUUUUUGGCAUGUGAAAUUCAAAGAUGGAUCAUUAUUUUAUUUUAUUUUUUUUUAAUGAUAAAAUUGUUGCAUUCCCACAUGUUUUCAUAACAUGAGUAAAAUAUUAAAACUCUGAAUCAUAAAUAGGGAAUUGAAUGACAGAUUAUUAUUUUUCUUCUUCACUUUGGAAAUAUUCAGUUCCUCUGUCACUUUCAUGUACUUGCUAUCUUCAAACAUUAUAUGAAAGGGUCUCUUAUAAAUUGUCCACUCAAUAAGUUGAGAAAUGAUUUCAGCAUUCAAUGAUGUUGUUGUUGUUUUGUUUUUUUUUGGAGUUUCAGGUGUGGGAUAAGAUGUCUCUUUCAGUGUUGUUAUUAUUUUUUUCUUUAUAAAUUAUUGUUUAAGGUAGCCUUUAAUAUUUUAUCAGCAUUUUUUUUUUAAAAAUACAUUUCUCACCUUAACAAAAAGUGCAAUAUAUUACCCACUGAAAGUCUAGAAAAAAAAUGGGGGGGCGCUAUGGUGUAAAAGUCUUUAUGUCAUGAACUAAUGAAAAAAUGGUCUGGAUUGUCUUGUAACUUGUAUGUUCACAGUAAUCUUUCUCUGGUGUGAUAGGCUGGUUUUGGUUUGUUAAUAUCUCCCAAGGCAAGCACUUAAAUGGAUCUAAUUUCAUUCACUGUCGGUGUGCUAGUGAGACAUGUUUAUAGAUCUGUAUUUGGCUUCACCUGAGCAAUAAACAGUCAGGGG